UGCAGCGGUCACGGUACGAGGAUGAACAAUAACGAAGCUCGCAGAAGGCCGUGGACAGAUGGUUCGAAAAAGCCGAGGACUGCGUUCAUCGUAGGAAAUGACCAUGACGAGCGUGGCUGUCGCCCCGGGUAGCCUCGGUGCACCUCCAUCUGUGUUCACCCCAAAAAUGUAUCAUUUACAGCAGGGGUUAAACUCAACAUCUCCCUCACCCACUCCCGGAAAGAACUACGACACGCUAAGCAAAGGAAAGAAGUCGUGGAGUGUUCGAUUGGGGCUGUCGCGGCAGAAUCAAGGCGAUGAUCCCGGCAAAGGGUGGGGAACGAUAAGCGGCAGUAGCGGGAUUUCGCGUCAAAUGAUCUACGGUGACCCAUGGCUCUAUGGUACGGUUCGGUCUUCGAGGCCUUGCCACGAGGCGCGAGGCUUCAUGACACCGCCGCCCCCGCCGCCACCGGGAGCACCGAUAUUGGUAGUAUGUUCCUGCCCGGAAUUUCUCAGCGGGACCACACGGAAAUUCGGCAACUGCCGCAAGUGCGGUGGUCACCGAUUGGCUGGUGUACCUUUAGGAGGAACAUGCCGGCUACCGCCGGUUUCGUCGAGGUCCAGGCCCAGUCUCGCGGGAGUGCUGAGAUCUUCGAUAGACGAUCCCUACGACCAGAUGCGCCGGAAUCGGCUGGUGGAGCCGAGGACGCGAGCGCGGAGCAUCUCGCCGCACCGGCCGUUGUCGCAGCGCGACUUUCGGAGCCAAAGUACAGCGCGGAACGGAAGAGAGCGGAAGGGCUCGAUCGAAGGUACUUCCUCGAAGUCCGAAUGGUUCGACAAAGAGGCGAACGGGAGCUACGAGGACCCGGGACACAAGCAACGAGCGAGUUUCACUGGCGGUGCGUCCACGGACGAGUGGCUCGAGGAGUCGCCGUUGGCGACGGACCCGCGAAAUCAAUCGGCCGCGACGACCGCCGCCUCCAGGCUGGCCCGGAUUCCGAAAAAGGUGAAAAGCACGAGGAACGACUGGCCGGAUUGCGCGGCGAUGAAAACGCCGGAAGCCAGUCAGACGAAGGGCAAUCAUCAUCAGGAUGAGUGGAAGGAGAGGCCGUUGAGCGCCGGCGACUCGAGGAAGAGCAUCCUCGUGUGCGACGUGAAUCCGUAUCUGUUGUUGAAGAAACAGAGGGACGAGGACGAUCUAAGCGACGAUCUAUCGGACAACGCCCUCGAGCAGGAGGAUGCGAGGCCGCUCUCCAGCCUGUUCGAUUCGUCGAAAGUGAAGUCGAUCGAGAGGAUACCGAAUAGGAGCGCGGUGGCGGCGAUCGGUGGCCAGAGAAUAAGGGUGUUCAACGAGCCACGCGAGAUCUCGGACGACGAGGACGACGUCCCGCCAGUCACGAGAAUCCCCAUACCAAAGGUUUCGCCGAAGCGACCGCCGAGAAGGCUGAAGGAAGCCAAACAAACGCUGAAGAGUAUCCUGAAGCGGGGCAAGGUGCUCGAGACACGAAGGAAGAACGUCCUGUUCAACGUCGACAACGUUAUAUUCGCGCCUGAGAAACCAUCGGAGGUGACACGAUUGUCUUGGAGCAGGAUCGGGAGGAUUGCCAACUGCGCCUCUCCCAGAGAGCAGCCGAGUAACGACGAGUCGGAGGACGAGGAGGAGGAGGAGGAGGAGGAGAAGGAACAGGAGGAGGAGGAAGAGGUGGAGCAGAUGCCGGUAAUUGCAUCGCAGGAGCAGAGGGAAAAGUAUAAUUUCAUUACGAUUCCGAAUAUCAGGGAUCCAAAGGUGAACAGAGUUCGACCGAAAGAGUCUAGAGUCACGCAGGAUAUGUGCCAAAGCUCCGUUAACCACGUGGAAGAAAUCAAAGUGGAUAAAUUCGUUCCCUCUGUUAACGCGGAUCGCGUUGCAUCGAAGAUGCAGCGGCAAGGCGAAGACGUCGUUCCGCGAAAUUUCGCCGAUCAAACGGUUCACUCGUUGAAACGCGAAAACGCGAGGGAAGAAAGAAAGAGGAUAGAAGAGACGAACGAGAUCGGAACGAAGGAAGACGCCGAAUUGCAGAUCGAGAAAUGCGAGGAUCGUAUUCCAGGCAUCGCCGUAGACGAAAAGGACCUGAUACUGAAAUCUGAAGAGAACUCCAAAAAAUCAUCCUUAUCGCGCAGUCAAAGCGAACGAUUAUUCAACAGACCAGAAGUAUCAGCUGGAAACGUGCUUUUUAUGGACACUAUGCGCCUCAGCUUGUGCAGAAAAGUGAAAGAAUCGAACGAACAAACAAUUCGACGAAGAGAUUCCAUCGAAUCCACCACAGAAACGAUUGAAAUCUCAGACUUGACGAAAGACACUGAUUCGAUUAAAAGAGAAUGUCAAUCCGAAUUGUCAAAUGGGAAAGAAGCCGAAGGAGAUCCUGCUGAAAACACAAUCAAACCAGAAACAGGGCCAUCAGCAGAAAUACGUAACAACUUCGAAGCAAAGGGCGAUCAUUUUCGAGGGAUGAGACCAACAAGUUGGUCUCCUCCGCCUGGAAAACAGAAACACCGUUACAAAGUCAGCAACACCGAUGUGAAAGGGAAAAUUGCGAAUCACUCCGAACCGGAAGGAAACAGUCCAAUGUUGAAGACCACUUGGAGCACGUCGAAUUCUUAUGGAUUAUCAAAAAUCGAAAUCGGAUCGUCGACCACCGAGAACAACGUGUAUAAAAUCGCAGUCAGUCCUCGAGCUUCACCUCUCGUUCAUCGAUUGCAGAUUGGGCCAGACACCGCUGGAUCAAGAAGAACGUCGAUUUUGAUCAACGGUGACGCAACGCCCACCACUGAAAUAUCGCCAAACAACAAAGUGACAAUCAGCGUCGGUGGAGAAGAUAGCGUUUAUAAUCCGACGGUGAUUUCAGUGAAUUCGGAAAAUCUGCCGCGAAUAAAAAGCUCGAGCGAAAAUCGUACACUCGUGAUCCUGGACAACUACAAAUCAAACAUCGUAGUCGAAUCCGGUAAAGAAGGUGACAAAGAUGAUGUGAAAUCAAAGUCGAAGAUCAGUGAGCCAGAGCUUAUCGAAGAGGUUGAGUGUUCUAGAAGAAAAAACGAGUCCUCGUCAGAGAAAAGAAUGGUGUUAAGCGCUCCAGAAACGUUCGCGGAAUCUGAGAAACAGACGAAGCCGACGAACGGCGAGAGCAAACCUUCCGUGACGGAGAAGAGCGCCAAGUUUUAUAUAACGAACGAUCGAGUAACACGAACGGAACAGACGGUUCAUCAAAAAGACGGAGAGCAUCCGUUGAAACUUUCGGGACUGUCGAAGGAGGCGUUGAUCUCGAAACUGCUAGAGGAUUCCUUGAGAAAGGCGAGAGAGAAUGGCGAGAUACUCGACGAAGACAGCGGCGAGGCUAUUUUGAAGAUACUAAAGCAAAGUUUGUUGAAAAGUAAAGAGUACGAAAGUUCCGAGUCGACUCUCGAGGCAAAUUACUCAAGAGCGUCCAGUUUAAAUUCGGACGGCGACUUCAUUUCGACGAAUCUUUUCUUCGAGGAGAAUCCCUACGAAGUGAUCAAGGAGCCCAUUUACGAGGAGAUCCCUGACGAGCCUCCGCCUCUGCCGCUGAGUCCGCCACCCACGGAGGAUUACAUAAAGGACAGAAUAUAUUUCGGUGACAUCGAUUACUACAGGAAAGGCAGUUCCGACCAGUUCUUUGGAUCCUACUUGACGGAAAAUGUUUUCAAAAAGUCCGCGGAUCUUGCUGAAACAUAUUUGUCGAAGAGUCCCGAGGACUUUUUCAAGAAAAUGUCCACCUCGCCGGAGGAGGAGGAGAAUAUUUUAAGUAAAUUCGAAUUGCUCAACUUCCUCAUGGACUCGAAGGAUCGGGCGAUAUCCAUCGAGGAGGAAGAUGACGACGACGACGAGGACGAAGAAGACACGGAGGGAGAUUUGGAAGCACUAUAUGAGCAAAAGGAGACUAGCCUCGGCGAUCUUAGUUCGAAAAGCUCGCAGAUAUCCAAUGUUUCCGACAGUAGCGAGGAAUGCAAUAUUAUACUGACCAGCUCAUCGGAAGCGUCAAAAGUACGAGCUGUAGAUAUAGAAAGAACUAACAGCGGGGUGGGAUCAAAGAGCAGUCAAGUCAGCAGCACUCGAGGCGUGCCAAGACGUUGGAGAGCAGGAAAUGUCUCUUCGGGACCAGGAAGUCUCCUCAGUGGAAUCCCACAAGUGAUUUCCGAUGAUUCAAAGCAUUGUGAGGACUGUAAACAACGUUUGGAUCCUUUAAUAACAGAUAGGUAA